GGAGAGGGAAGGGAGGAAGGGAAAGGAAGGAGGGGAGGAAGGGAAAGGAAGGAGGGGAGGAAGGAGGAGCUGAGGCGGCCGCGCACGGACCGGCGGGACCCGCCACAGGAGAUCCUGCGCGGCUCCCGCCGGGGCCGCCAGCCAUGCGCACGGCGGGAUGAAGCUGCAGGCGGUGGUGGAGCAGCUGCAGAAGCAGCAGCAGCAGCAGCAGCAGCAGCAGCAGCAGCAGCCGGCGGUGCCCAUGGAUUGCCGGGAGCGCCGCCGGGAGCCGCAGGUGCCGUUCCCGACGCCGCCGCCCUUCCCCGGGCAGCCCCGCUGCGCCGGGCGCGCCCCGGGCAUGGCACCCGCUGCGCCCCCGGGCAUGGCACCCGCCGUCCCCGCGGGCAGAGCCCCCGCCGCGGCCAGCCGGCCCUUGGAGCAGAGCAGCGGGAACUCUGAGGAGGAGGAGGAGGAGGAGGAGGAGGAGGAUGAAGAGGAGGAUGAAGAAGACGGCGCUGAGCUGGAGGUGCCCGGCCAGGAGAGCUGCUCUGCCCUGGCGAAUUUCCGCGCUCCCAAAGGUGGCCACGGCAAGCAGAGAGCAGGGCCUGGCUCCAGCCCCGUGCCAGCCCCGUGCCAGCCGCGGGGAGCCCAGCAGGGCAAGGAGGAGCAGGGCAAAGACUCGGCCAAGCAGCCCGGAGCCUCGGCGGGGCGCCCCGGCUGGCGCCUGGAUGAGCAGCUCAAACAGAACGGCGGCGGGAGCUGGAGCGACGAAGGCGACGGCUGCCGGGGAAGGGAAAUCUCCCGAGACUUUGCCAAGCUCUACGAACUGGACAGCGACCCCGAGCGCAAGGAGUUCCUGGAUGACCUCUUCAUCUUCAUGCAGAAGAGGGGAACUCCCAUCAACAGGAUCCCCAUCAUGGCCAAGCAGAUCCUGGACCUCUACAUGCUCUACAAGCUGGUGACCGAGAAGGGCGGGCUGGUGGAGAUCAUCAACAAGAAGAUCUGGAGGGAGAUCACCAAAGGCCUUAACCUGCCCACCUCCAUCACCAGCGCCGCCUUCACCCUGCGCACGCAGUACAUGAAGUACCUCUACGCCUACGAGUGCGAGAAGAAGUCCCUGAGCUCCCCGGCCGAGCUGCAGGCCGCCAUCGACGGCAACCGGCGCGAGGGCCGGCGGCCCAGCUACAGCUCCUCCCUCUUCAGCUACUCGCCCUCCACACCGGCGCCCCCGUCCCUGCUGUCCCCCCCCAAAAUCCGCUUCCCCAUCAUCGCCGCCGGCAGCCCCCGCGCCUCGCCCGCCCUCAGGAAAGGUGACGGCGCCGUGCCCCUCGGCGUGGCCGUGCCCGGCCGCCUGGCCGUGCCCGUGGCGCUGGGCGGGCAGCAGGCCAGGGCGGCCACGCUGGAGCAGCUGAGGGAGAGGCUGGAGGCAGGAGAGCCGCCCGAGAAGAAGGCGCCGCGCGUGUCGGAGGAGGAGCAGCGGCUGGUGCAGCAGGCGCUGCAGCGCAACCUGUUCAGCGUGGCCCGGCAGAUCCCCAUGAAGAUCAAAAUCAACGGCAAAGGUGAGAGCCAGAGCAGCCAUGCCGAGCUGGGAUGGGACCCUGGGGCUGGCAGAGCCUGCGCUGUGCCCAGCCUCACCCUCGGCAUGCCCACAGGGGUGCUGUUUGCCCAGAAGCCCGUGGUGCAGCUCCUGGCCGGCUCGGGCACGCAGAGCUCGUGCAGCAGCAGCAGCAGCAGCAGCAGCAGCAGCAGCAGCUCCCACUGCUCCCCCAGCCCUACCUCGUCGCGGGGCACGCCCGGCGCAGAGCCCUCCACCAGCUGGUCCCUCUGACGGCCCUGCCCGGCCUGCACGCUUACCUCACCUCACAGAACCUGCU